CACGACGUAGCCGUGAUCUGCGGCUAAGGGACUAUGAAGAAAUUUUAGCCAACACCUUUCUUUUGGUUUGGCAAAAGGCGAAAGUGACGAAGAGCACGAAAAAAAGUUCAACAUCUUCUUAAGAAGAUGUUGCAUCAAAGUAAUCAAAUUAAAAAAUGCAUUUCCGAAGCGCUGGGGACACCCGGUAUAUCGCCUUUAUCAGGAAUGAGAUCUUCGAAGAAGUGCAAAUAAGCGCGGAUUGGAUAAGAGAGAAUAAAGCGCGGACGUCGAAGCAGGACUGGAGACUGUUGGCGCUGCACAUAAGGAACGUACAGCCGAUGGUCUCUCGUCAUGAUACUGCAACUACCUGUGGAGUACAUUCUUUGUCAUGUUCUUUUUCAUUGUCGUAAUAGUUGCAUACGCGA